GUGGUUGUCCAAAGAUUUGGUUGCUUAUUAAAUUGAAAUCCUGUGGCAAACUGGACCAUCAAAAGAUAUGUGUAUAUAUAUAUAGAGAGAGAGAGAGAGAGAGAAAGAAAGGGAUGGAAAGAGAAAGGGAGAUGUGCUUAGGAGGCAAAUCUGGGGAGGUCACAUGGAAUUGCCUCCCAGAUAGGUGUGGCAUGGGAUGGUGUAAAAGAGUGGGGCCCAGGUGAGGUGAGAGUAUCACAAUCCAGGAUUAUGUGGUGCACCACCACCACCAGCACCACCACCACCACUGCCACCUAAUUCUGAAGCCAGCACCAGCAUAAUAAAACCCCUUCACCACUAACUUGUCCCUUGGGACCCCCCUAAUUCCAUUCCCCAUCUCACCCUCUCACACUAUCCUCACCAAUCUCAUAACUUUGAGGAAUCAGGAGAUAUGCGAGUCCUCAGUACAAGAUUGUGAAGUGAGAGAGAUUUGGACAUGGGGAGAUUUGUGUGAUAUUUGGUCAGAUCUUGCCUCCCAUGAGGUGGGAUUUGGUGGGUUAGAAGGUGACUUGUAUUUCAUUACCUUGCUUGGCUUAUAGACAGAGAGAAGGUGUUAACCAGGCAAGGCAGAAACCAAGGCUCCAUCCACCUCUUCUGCUUGCAUCUUCUCCACCUCUUUGGCCCUUGCUGCAACUGUUGUUGUGUGGGGAGGAGAAGAAGUCCAUGGCUGUGGAUGCAGAAGCUCAGUUCCAUGUCCUGGCUGUGGAUGACAGCCUCAUGGAUAGAAAACUCAUUGAGAGGCUCCUCAAGACAUCUUCCUUUCAAGUCACCACUGUGGAUUCUGGGAGCAAGGCUCUUGAAGUCUUGGGGUUGAAGGAAGACCAGACCAGCACACCAGCUCUCUCACCAGAACACAAUGAGAUUGAGGUGAAUCUGGUAAUAACAGAUUACUGCAUGCCUGGGAUGACAGGGUAUGACCUCCUCAAAAAGAUCAAGGAGUCAUCAUCUUUGAAGGACAUCCCAGUGGUGAUCAUGUCAUCUGAAAAUGUACCUUCCAGGAUAAACAGAUGCUUGGAAGAAGGAGCAGAAGAGUUCUUUCUGAAACCAGUACAGCUCUCAGACAUGAGAAGACUCAGGCCUCACAUACUAAAAGGGAAACAUAAAGAGCAGCAGCUUCACCAAGAAGAAAACAGCAACACCAACCACAUCAUCAUCAGUAGCAGCAAUAAUAACAACAUGAGCAACAAGAGAAAGGCCAUGGAUGAGGAAGUUUUAUCUGAGAGGACAAGACUAAGAUUCUCUAGCAGUAGCUUAAAUGUGAUAUGAAAAAAAAAAAACUUCAUUACCUAGAGGAGGAUGCUUCUUAAUUCCUUAUAAAGUCCUUUUGAGUGCUGCCAGAAAAUUAACA